CUGCACCAGAGCUUAUAAACGGGCCACAAGUUAACAAACUCCCCAGAUGUGGUCAGCCGUGAUGGCUCCCUCAGAACACCAAAGGAUACUAAAAGUCUGGAUACUUUUAUUCUUUGUGUUGCACCAAGUGUACUGCCUGCUCCCAGCUCCACAAAAUGUCACCAUUGUCUCCUUUAAUUUGGAGCACAAGCUAAUUUGGAGCCCUGGCCCUGGGACCCCCAUCUUCACCCAUUUCAGGGUGCAGAGCUAUCGUAAGAAAAAGAAACAAUGGGUGUCUCUUCUGAACUGCUCUGAAUUGAGCACAGGCGAGUCAUGUGACUUAACAACCUAUUUCAACAACCCACAUUGCUAUUAUUUCGCCCGAGUGCAAGCAUUCAUUCCAGACCAGGAAUCUAACUGGACCAGUUCGAAACUGUUUUACCCCAUACUGGACAGUAAGAAACCUCUUCCUUUCUCUAUUUUACUCUCUUUCUACCCACCAAAACACCUGAAACAAGAAAUCAGCCUCUCUGCAGGCCUUGAGUCAGCAAUUCUGGGUCCUCCAGUGGUGGAGUGCACAAGCUGUGGAAACUGCCUGCUCCUGCAGCUCAGCCCUCCACCCAGCAGGGGGCACCACAGACAGCUGGAAUUCUUCUUCAGUUCCUACAUUGUUAAUGUCUCCAGGACUAGAGACAAGGCACAGUUUGUUAUAAGGGCAUCCUCUGGAAAGAAUCUUAUCAAUUACCUAGAACCUGGGGUGGAGUACUGCAUCACAGUUCUUCCAGAAACAAACAUGAAUAAGGCUGUUGUUCCCUCUGGACCUCACUGUGCCUACACCAGCCCAGUGCCAGUCAACACAGUGCCUUUGUUUGUGGCUGCACUCUGCACUCUCUUUCUCUUGGUGGCACUGUUCUCUGCAGCCCUGAUCUACAGAGGUCAGCUUGGUGUUCUCGACAAGCUGCAACCAAGAAUAUUGGCUCUCUCUGUAUAUAGAGUGCUUAGGUUUUCCACGGGCUUUGAUGUUUCCUGGACCCCUGAGCAUCACCAACAUCAAAAUGAAAAUGUUUAAUGACCCAGAGAGCUAUGACAGCACCAGGCCAGGUUCUAAAAGUAGAAUAAGAACAUCUUAAACCAAAACAGUAUAAAGAGCCUCUGUGAGACACUUCUAGGACUGGAUGUUCUGCUAGGCUGAUUGGUGAAGAUGCAUGUAGGUACAUGUACACUACCGCUCAAAAGUCUGGGUUCACUGAUUUCAUUCUUAUUAAACAAGUUUCUUUGAAGAUACGUGUAUAAAAUGAUUCUACGAUAAAACUAUUUUCUUACAAUUUCAAACAGGCUGCAGGAACCCGUAGAAAUUAAGACAUUUUUGAUGAUAAAUGGAGCUAUAAAUGAUUUCAUGGUGAUUGAGAAAUCUGUACAGCAUUGAGAAUGACUUUCUAAAGAAACUGAUCUACAGUGCUUCAUAUUUGAAAACCAAAUCUGACUAACAUCUGUUUAUAGUGUUUUUGUGAAGACAAAGUUUCAGUAAACAGAAAAAUUAUAGCUUAUUAUUUAAAAACACCUGCAUAUAAUUUUUUACUAUGUCCUAACUUCAUGUUGUUCCCAAAAUACUGUAAACUGGCCUUCUGUUCUGCUGCUCCUCGCUUAUGGAAUGCUCUCCCUGACCAUCUGAGGGCACCACAGUCGAGUGAGAGUUUUAAAA